CGACUGUCGGACUUAGACAUAAUCAUUUCUUUCUCCAUCUCUGCACUAGAAACCUGAUGCCUCCUGGAAAAUGUAAUGUCUCUUGCUGGUCACUUGUCUGUCAGUGAGCAAUCUCGUUACAGAAAUCUUACCUUUCACGGUUUUUGAUCAUUAUUCAAAUGGGUUCGUUGAGAAGUUUCGUUUUGGUUUCUCAAAAAGAAUUUCAGAAAUCAGAAUUCCUAAAUCAUAACCCCCGCAAAUCCCUAAACCCCCCAUUAACCAGUCCACCCAACAUGCCCAAACAACACGCAUUGCCAUUUCAACGAAGCAAACGUCAGAUUGCUUCCGUACAACUUACCCAAUCACACAUUGGAUUCACACCAAAAUCUAAUUUGUCACGUCUAAGCUCUUUUCUCUUACAGCAGCGAAGUUUCGUGAAUAUUUUAUCGGAGAAAGUAGUUAUGGUCCUUGUUUGGUCAAUCAUUUUCAUGGGGUUGUUUAAUACUAAGCCAAGUAUGGCGUUACAUGCACAAAUUAGAAGUUCUGGUGCAAGUUCAGAAGAAAACCAGAGUAAGAAGGAGGAGAAAAGUGAGAAUGAGGUGAUGUUUGAGAAGAUUUUGGAAAGAGAACCUAGGAAUCUCGAGGCACUGAAGGUGAUUUUGUACGGGAAGAUGAGGAGAGGAAAGACAAAGGAAGCUGUGGAGUAUGUGGAGAGGCUAAUCGACGUAGACCCAGAGGAGGUGGAAUGGAGGCUUUUGCAGGCGCUUUCUUACGAAAUGAUGGGACAAAUUAGCAAGGCCAAAAGAUUGUUCAAUGAGAUUCUGGAGAGCAGGCCUCUUUUGCUUAGAGCCUUGCACGGUUUAGCAAUGGUCAUGCACAAAAAUCAUGAAGGACCAGCUGUCUUUGAGAUGCUGAAUAAGGCUCUAAAUGUUGCUCAGCAUAAGAAGAGAAAAACUGAGGAGAGAAGCAUAAAGAUUUUGAUUGCACAAAUGCAUGUAGUAAAGGGGGAGUUGGAAGAAGGUUUGAAGAAGUUCCAAGAUCUAGUAAAUGAAAACCCUCGAGAUUUCCGGCCUUAUCUUUGCCAGGGAAUCAUCUAUAGCUUACUGGAUAAGAAGAAGAAAGCUGCGGAACAAUUUGAAAUUUAUCAGAGUCUUGUGCCUGAAGAAUUUCCACAGAGAGGAUUUCUUGAUGAUGUUGUACUUGCAGCAAAGACCAAACCUCAAGAAAAGCUUCAGAAUGAAUUUGAAUCUUAAUUCUCAUACAGGAAGUAGAGCACCACAUACAGCAAAGAGAACUUACUAAGUAGAAAUAUAUGUGGAAUUUGUUUGUAUAGUCAUUAUUUCAAUUAGAAGAUGGUGAAAUCCUUAAAAAA